CCACAUACGUGCCAGACAACCGUAACCAGGGAGAACGGAUGUUUUGAAAAAUGUCUGCCUCCCUUAUCAACAGAACCAAUUCUAACGUUAGCUAACGUAAACAGCAGUAACUUCGGGAUUAUAUUAUAAUUUAUAAAGACUACACAUUACACCAGUUACAUAGAUGAUUAUAGAUUUCAACCAUGCAACUAAAGCAUCUGAAGACGCUUUUAACGCCCCAAGAGGGAGCUGCAAAAGUUACUUGUAUGACAUGGGCACCGAAUAAUGGCAAAUUUGCUGUAUGCACUGUGGACAGAGUGGUCUUACUGUACGAUGAGCAAGGAGAGAAAAGGGAUAAGUUCUCUACUAAGCCUGCAGAAUCUAAGUAUGGAAAGAAGAGCUAUGUUGUCAAGGACAUGGCAUUUUCUCCUGACUCAACAAAAAUUGCCAUUGCCCAAACUGAUAACAUAAUCUAUGUCUACAAAAUCGGAGAGGAAUGGGGUGAGAAAAAGGUCAUCUGCAACAAAUUUGUACAGACAAGUGCUUUGACUUGUUUGCUAUGGCCAGCAGAACACGCUAUCGUUUUUGGAUUAGCAGAGGGAAAGGUUCGCCUUGCCAACACAAAAACAAACAAGUCAUCUACGGUCUACGGAACAGAUUCCUGUGUUGUCUCAUUGACAUCAAAUGUUUCUGGGAAGGGCAUGCUCUCAGGCCACGCAGACGGGACUGUUGUAAGAUAUUUCUUUGAUGACGAAGGCUCAGGAGAAUCUCAGGGCAAAUUGUUGACCCACCCUUGCCCACCAUAUGCCCUGGCAUGGGGCACCAAUAGCAUCAUAGUGGCUGGAUGUGACAAGAAGAUAGUGGCCUAUGGCAGGGAGGGUCACAUCCAGCAGACUUUUGACUACAGCCGAGACCGCUCGGAGAAAGAGUUCACUGUGGCCGCCACCAGUCCCAGUGGACAGUCUGUGGUCAUCGGCAGCUAUGACCGAUUGAGAGUCUUCAACUGGGGUCCUCGGAAAGGUGCAUGGGACGAAGCAUCCCCUAAAGAGAUUCCCAACCUGUACACCAUCACUGCCUUGGCCUGGAAGAAGGAUGGCUCACGCCUCUGUGCAGGUACACUGUGUGGGGGAGUGGAACAGUUUGACUGCUGCCUAAGGAGGAGCAUCUACAAGAACAAAUUUGAGAUGACUUAUGUGGGACUGAGUCAGGUGAUUGUAAAGAACCUGUCUACAGGGAUGCGGGUGGUGCUGAAGUCCCACUACGGCUAUGAGAUAGACGAGGUGAAGAUCAUGGGGAAGGACCGCUAUCUGGUGGGCCACACUUCUGAUACCCUGCUGCUGGGAGACCUGACCUCCAACAAGCUCAGUGAGGUUGCAUGGCAAGGCUCCGGGGGGAAUGAAAAAUUCUUCUUUGAAAAUGAAACGGUGUGUAUGAUUUUCAACGCUGGGGAGCUGACGCUGGUGGAGUACGGCAGCAACGACAUCCUGGGAUCAGUGAGAACGGAGUUCAUGAACCCACAUCUCAUCAGUGUUCGUCUUAAUGAGAGGAAACAGAGGGGGGUUGAAGGCAACAAAAAGUUAGCUUACCUGAUUGACAUCAAGACCAUUGCCAUUGUGGAUCUGGCCGGCGGAUACAACCUGGGAACCAUCAACCACGACUCCAAGAUUGACUGGCUGGAGCUCAAUGAGACGGGGCGCAAGCUACUCUUCAGGGACAAGAAACUACGGCUCCACCUGUAUGACAUAGAGAGCAGUGUUAAGACCACAGUGUUGAGCUUCUGCUCCUACGUGCAGUGGGUUCCUGGCAGUGACGUGGUGGUGAGCCAGAACAGAGGCAACCUGUGUGUGUGGUACAACAUCGACAGCCCAGAGAGAGCCACCAUGUUCCCCCUCAGGGGGGAUGUAGUGGAUCUGGAGAGGUCCAAUGGUAAGACAGAGGUGAUCGUGACCGAGGGGGUCAACACUGUGUCCUACACCUUGGACGAGGGCCUUAUCGAGUUUGGAACAGCUAUUGACGAUGGCGACUAUUACAGAGCCACAGCUUUCCUGGAGACUCUGGAGAUGUCCUCGGAGACGGAAGCCAUGUGGAAAACUCUGAGCAAACUGUCUCUGGAGGCCCGCCAGCUCCACAUCGCAGAGAGGUGCUUUGCUGCCUUGGGAGAUGUCUCCAAAGCUCGCUUUCUGAACCAGACUAACAGGAUCGCUGACCAAGUCGCAAAGGAAUACGGUGGUGAUGGUACCGAGUUCUACCAAGUCAAAGCACGCCUCGCCAUGCUGGACAAGAACUACAAACUGGCUGAGAUGUACUAUAUGGAGCAGAACGCCAUUGAUGAGGUGAUGGAGAUGUAUCAGGAGCUUCACAUGUGGGACGACUGCAUCGCUGUGGCCGAGUCCAAGGGCCACCCAGAGCUGGACAACCUGCGUCACAGCUACUACCAGUGGCUGAUGGAGACCAACCAGGAUGAGAAGGCCGGCGAGGUCAAGGAGGGGGAGGAGGACUUCACGGGCGCCGUCAACCUCUACCUCAAAGCGGGCCUACCUGCCAAGGCCGCCCGAUUGGCUAUGAGCCGCGAGGAGCUGGUCACCAACUCUGACGUCAUCAACAGGAUCGCGGCUGCCCUCAUCAAGGGAGAGUUCUAUGAGAGGGCAGGAGAUCUGUUUGAGAAGAUCAGGUACAACCAGAGGGCUCUGGACUGCUACCGUAAGGGCCACGCCUUCAGGAAAGCUGUUGAGCUGGCUCGUGUUGCCUUCCCGGCUGACGUGGUGAAACUGGAGGAGGCCUGGGGAGACUACCUGGUCCAGCAGAAACAACUGGACGCCGCCAUCAACCACUAUAUAGAGGCUGGCUGUUCCUCGAAGGCCAUCGAGGCUGCCAUAGGGGCUCGCCAGUGGAAGAAGGCGGUCCAUAUCCUGGAGUUACAGGAAGACCGGUCAGGAGGGAAGUACUACCUGAAGAUAGCCCAGUACUACGCCUCCAUCCAGGAGUACGAGGUUGCAGAGCCCCUGUUUGUGAAGGGAGACCACAUCAAAGAUGCCAUCGAUAUGUACACGGCGGCUGGGAGGUGGGAGCAGGCUCAUAAGCUGGCAGCGAAAUGUAUGACCCCAGAGGACGUGUCGACUCUGUACGUCAGCCGAGCCCAGGACCUGGAGGGAGAGGGGAAAUACAAGGAGGCAGAAAGGCUGUUUGCGACAGUGGAGGAGCCGGACCUGGCCAUCACCAUGUAUAAGAAGAACAAGAUGUUUGACGACGUGAUUCGACUGGUGGCCAAGCAUCACCCAGACCUGCUGUCUGAGACUCACCUGCACCUGGCCAAGGAGUUGGAGACCGAGUCCAGGUUUUCAGAAGCGGAGUACCACUAUAUGGAGGGCCAGGAGUGGAAGGGUGCAGUCAACAUGUACCGUGUCAACGACAUGUGGGAGGAGGCCUACAGGGUGGCGAAGGGCCAUGGGGGAGCCAGUGCCCAUAAGCAGGUGGCCUACCUGUGGGCCAAGAGUCUGGGAGGGGAGGCUGCUGUCAAACUGCUCAACAAGUUUGGUCUGCUGGAGACCGCCAUCGACUUUGCAGCAGACAACUGCGCCUUUGACUUUGCCUUUGAGCUGGCUCGUCUCUCCACCAAGAACAAGAUCCCUGAGAUCCACCUGAAAAACGCCAUGAUGCUGGAGGAUGAGGGCAAGUUCGCCGAAGCCGAGUCGGAGUUCAUCAAAGCGGGGAAGCCAAAAGAGGCAGUGCUGAUGUAUGUCCAUAACCAGGACUGGGUUGGAGCCCAGAGGGUGGCGGAGGCCAACGACCCUGACAGUGUAUCAGACGUGCUGGUGGGCCAGGCCAAGUUCUGCUUCGAACAGAAGGACUUCCAGAAGGCUGAGGCCUUCCUCCUCAGGGCUCAGAGGCCAGAGCUGGCCAUCAAGUACUACAAAGACGUGGAGAUGUGGAGUGAUGCCAUGCGGAUUUGUAAAGAGUACCUCCCCAACAAGCUGAGCGUCCUCCAAGAGGAGUACGAGAAGGAGGCUACCAAGAAGGGCUCCCGAGGGGUUGAAGGCAUGGUGGAGCAGGCCAAGGAAUGGGAGCUGUCUGGAGAGUACGCCCGGGCUGUGGAGUGUUACCUCAAGGUCAAGGACUCCACCAACGGGCCCCUUAUGGAGAAGUGCUGGAUGAAGGCUGCUGAGUUGGCCAUCAAGUUCUUGACGCAGGAGAGGGCUGUGGAUGUCAUCCACUCUGUGGGCCCUCGCCUCACCCAGCUCAGGAAGUACAGCGCUGCGGCUGAGCUGUACCUCAACCUGGACCUCAUUAAGGAAGCCAUAGAUGCAUUCAUUGAGGGAGAAGAAUGGAACAAAGCCAAGAGAGUGGCCAAGGAGCUGGAUCCAAGGUUUGAAGAUUAUGUGGACCAGCGAUACAAAGAACACUUGAAAAACCAAGGCAAAGCAGAUUCGCUGGUAGGAGUGGAUGUCAUGGCAGCUCUGGACAUGUAUGCUGAGAGAGGCCAAUGGGAGAAGUGCAUUGAGACUGCUUCCAAACAAAAUUACAAGAUCCUCCACAAGUAUGUGGCCCUGUACGCCACCCACCUGAUCAAAGAGGGCCAUGCAGAAAAGGCCCUGAAUCUGUACGCCCAGCACGGAGCCCCAGCCAACCUCCAGAAUUUCAACAUCUACAAGAGGAUGUUCCUGGACCUACUGAACCUGCUGGGCAGAGACAGCGCUGAGUCCUUCCGCAUGUGGGCUGACCUGAGAGACGUCAUGCUUCUGCUGUGUGAGAACCUGACUAAGUCUUCAGAGGCCAACUCUCCUGCCCACGAAGAAUUUGAGCAGAUGCUGCUGAUCUCUCACUACUACGCCACGCGAUCUGCUGCCAACGGGGUUGACCUGGUCAGCGUGGCUGCCAAGCUGUCCAUAUCCCUGCUGCGCCACACGGAGCUCAUCCCAGCUGACAAGGCCUUCUACGAGGCAGGCAUGGCUGCCAGGGCUUUGGGCUGGGAGAACAUGGCCUUUAUUUUCCUUAACCGCUUCCUGGAUCUGUCUGAUGGGAUAGAGGAAGGGAACUUAGAUACUCUGGACCACUCUGAUUUCCAAGACACUGACAUCCCCUUCGAGGUUCCUUUCCCUGCUAAGCUACACGUCACUGAUGCCCAGCGAGAGGAGAUCCGUGACUGGGUGUUGACGGUGUCCAUGGACCAGCGGGUGGAGCAGGUGCUGCCCAAAGACGAGAGGGACACCUACGAAGCCUCUUUACUGGCAGCAAACACGGGCAUCCGCUCCCUGCCCUGCGUCAUCACAGGCUAUCCGGUCCUGCGGAAUAAGAUUGAGUUCAAAGGACCUGGCAAGGCAGCAAACAAGGAUGACUGGAAUAAAUUCAUAAUGGCCACAAAAACCACUCACAGCCCGGAGUGCCAGGAUGUGCUGAAGUUUGUGAGUCAGUGGUGUGGAGGGCUCCCCGCCUCCGGCUUCUCCUUCCACUGACAGGACCAGACUGCUGAAAACUUCAUCUCCGCCCAGUGUACCACACACCAGCGUACCCAACACUACAGCAACUUACCAUCUGCUCAGAGCCACCGCCUUCUGAAUUAUUGAAUCCAUCCUCGCUCCUCUCCUUCUCUGGUUUGGUUUUAGUGUUAAACAGUUGACAUUAUUCCAUAACGAUAGACUGAUAUGAGUUGACCUGCUGUGUUACUGCUUCAUUCAUUUCUACAGUGCUGACAUCAGCCCAGUCCUUACCGGCCUCCCAUUGGUUACUUAGCCCCUGGUGCCAGGUUCCUGUGUCUAUAUCAUUCAGCAGAAAAGUCCUCCUCUCUUCUCUGUGUGUCUGUCUCUGUUAUACCUUUGUGAUGUGUGUAUCUAUGUUUGAGUUUUUCAUUCCCAUUUUCUCUUAUGCUCCUGGUAGUGUAGGAGGAAUAGGGUAGGCUACGAUCAACGUGUGUGUUUCUAUUUAGUUGAGAGACUUUAAAGAUGCCUUUACGCUUAAGGUGAUGUAUCUUCAUAAUCAGAAGUGCUGUUAUCUGUAACUAGUGUUCUUUGUUCUGUGUUUCUGAAUGAUAGGAGAAUUUAUCAUAAUGCACUUUAGAAUUCUGUAUUGGCUUUAUGUAUUGUUGGUUUAUAUGCGGUUUUGAAUGUAUUUCAUAUGUUGGAAAUGUUGUUAAAUAAAAAAUAUUCUGAA